AUGCCCCGAGUUCUGCCGUGGGAACUGGAUGAGCCAAAGCGGGAACACUCGACGCCACAAAGGCCUAUCAAGCGUGAGGUAGGAGGAUGGCGGGUCUCGACAGGCACCGCGCUGUCCAGUAGACUCAACGGCCUCGAUGCUGACGAUCAAUACAUUAUGGUGGAGGAUGAGUUCCUGGCGACUGCUCGAGCCUUUACGGCCCAUUUACACCAGGCCGAAUAUACUCGCAAAAAGAAGCAGGCCAAGACUGAAAAUGCCUCGAAAGUGAUAAACAUGACCCAACGGCGGCCUACGGAUCCGCAGACGUCUAUGAAUAACGCAACCAAAAAGACUAUUGAGCGCGAAGCUUCGGAUAUUCGGCGCCAGGAAGCACUGGAUAAAUUGAAAAUGGACGUUGGAAGGCCGCAAGUUGGUGAUUAUGAGAUGGAAGACAGCAACGAUGAAGAUAUCGGGAUGAGUGACGAAGACCGAGACGAUGAUCCAUGGGUAGGGACAUCAUUGCAAACGUUGAUGGUGACCUCGAAGCAAUCCCGUCCCCUCAUGGGGCUGCAUGGGAUCAGGUCGUCCACGAAAGUUGCUCUGGGCUGCUCUCGACCAGCGAACACGAGUGGUGGCGCUGAAAAGGCCCUGCGAGACAAGGGAGGAGACGAAAACGCGAAGGCCAGGCCGAUUUCCAAUAUCCGACCUCCAUCGACGGCGGGUGCCACGGGUCACUCUACAGCAUCGAGCGACGAUGAUGACCUGGGCGUGCAGGCCAGGGUACCAAGCCGACUGCCGGCUAUAAAAGUCCGACCUAAGACAGUAGCACCAGCGUACGGCUCCGAGUUAACUCCUGUCGCUCUCCCGCGUAGAGGAGACACAACUUCUGCUCCAAUUACAGGGGCAAACCCAGUACUCUCGCCUAUCAAGCAGCCACAUGUAAACAUCAAGCGGCCCCAGAGCUCCAGCAGCGGGUCAUCCUCGCCUGUUGCUCGAUCAACUUCAGCACCUAAGCCUCGUGGAAGCUCGAGCUCCCGAUUUGCAAAACUCUUCGAUGAGUUGGACGAGCCAGCCAAGGAACCGGGUCCAAGCCCCGCUACACGCCAAGUGAAAAUUGAAGAUAGAGAUCCUACGCUUGACCAGAUCAAAAUUUUCAAGGCUGGGAAUACAGGGGAUCAAGGUGAGGACGAGAAGCUUCGGAAACAGCGUCUGAGCCAGGUGCCGACUUUUCUAUGA